AUGAAUCUCGAUUCGGAUACAAAUGAGACUUUUUGCGGGAGUGCUGAUUUCGAGUCACCAUUAGGGAAACGAGGAGGGCACAACGAGAUGAGCGGUGGAUGCGAAAGAAAUGAGUCCCAUCGAGCAAAUGAGCCGCAAAAUGAGCCGAAUGGAGCAGUGACACCGAAGCGACUGUUUUCUGCAAAUGCCUGUUUCGCUAGUUCCUCCGGCGACUCCUCUUCAAAUCUCGCCGCUCAACAGUUUCAUCUCGUAAAUCCGCUAUCUUCGUCAGAUUGUGGCUCAGAGUACACGCGGAACUCGUUCGAUGACAUUUCGAGUAAUGCCGUCAGAUCAGAUAAAACUGAGGGUUCCAUCAAGCUGAAUAUCCCGAAUCUGUCAACAAUUCGAGCAAAAGUCAACACCUCCUAUCACAAUAUCGCCAAUUUUCCCUGGAGAUUGGCGGCGAAAACCGAAUGCACAAAGCGAACAUCGCAUAAGAAAUAUUUCUCCGUUUAUAUCGAUUGCAAUCCGGAAAGCGAAAGCACUUUGUGGAAUUGCGAUGCGGUGGUUGAAUUUCGCUUGAUUUCCCAUAAAGACGGUGUCCCUGAUUUCUCUCGUCAAUUCACAAACAAAUUCAACUAUAAUUCGAACAAUUGGGGUUUCCCGUCAUUCAUGGAAUGGACUGAGAUUCUGAAUCCGGAUUUGGGCUACAUCCGCGGUGAUCGAGUGGUCGUCGAGGCAAAGAUUACAGUUCAGAAAGUGAUCGGAGUGAGACGUCAUCCGGUGUUCGAUUUUCUUUCACAAACUCAAGUUUCUUCUGGAAUUCUUGUCAUCGAUGGAAUGAGACUUCAUGUGAGCAAAGAGUACUUGGCUCUUCAUUCACCCGUCUUUCACGCAAUGUUCUAUUCGAAUUUCUCGGAAAGAGACAAGAAAGAGGUUACGGUAGAAGAUGUGAUUUUUGAUGAAUUCAUCGAAUUGCUCAAUGUUGUUUAUCCUUCAAGGAAGCCUGUAUCAACUGAGAACGUGGAAUUUCUUCUGGAGUUGGGAGAUAAAUUCGAGAUGCAUUUCGUUUUGGAUGAGUGCGAACGCUUUUUGAUCGGCUCCGGUGAGAUCAGUCUUGUGACGAAACUCGUUUGGGCUGAUCAAUAUGUGCUCGCAAAGUUGCAGGAUUCUUGCAUUCGGACAAUGAAAUCGCUUAGCGACGUGAAGGCGAUCAAGAAUAUGGAAGAAUACAAAAAUCUCAGCGAUACAACGAAAGCGGCACUGCUCGAGAAAGUCUUCAAAAUAACGAAAGAAGAGGGGAAAUUU